AUGACGACCACCAACCCUUUCGAAUCACCAUGCAACGUCAACGACUCCAGCCGCAGUUCGAUCUGGUCCAAUGACGACCCAUUUGCGACUCGCCCCAACUCUGGCGACAUGAGCGAGAAGAUUUAUAAGGAGCCAGAACAUGCUUAUGCGCCUGCUGGUCAGAGGCCACGGAGAGGCACAUUCGGCUCCAUAGUCGAUGCUAUCGUCCCUGAGACGCUUGCAAGGAGAAUGACAAAUGCCUCUUUCAACGGCCUUCAACGCAAAGGUUCCGUAUGGAAGACCUACGAGCAUGCUAAGAAGCGAGGGGCUGAGCUACAGAGAGAGAAGUGGGUGCAGAUUGCUUUUGAGUACAGCAUCUACCUUCUCUUGCUGUGUUUCAUCUACUUUGUCCUCAUUGGCAGGCCUUUGUGGAACGGAGCUGUGUGGUGGUUGUACUGGGUGGUCGAGAACAAAUUCGUCUUUGCUGGCGGUUUCAGCAUCACCCUCGGUAUUGCCUUGUUUUACGCCUUUGCACCUCUCCUCAUCGUCUUCGAGAACGACCCCCCACCAGCCGAGUUCACUGCCGAGACCAAGAUUCAGGACAACGUCAAGGAUACUGCACUUCUUAUUCCCUGCUACAAGUCUGCCCAGCUUAUUGGAGCCACUUUAGAAGCAGCCUUGAAGAUUUUUCCGCCAUCGCACAUCUUCGUUCUCGCCAACGGAAACAGCCCCACACCUCUAGAUAACACCGAGGAAGUGUGCGCGCCUUACGGAGUCAACCAUCUGUGGUGCCCCAUUGGGUCGAAGAUCGUCGCGCAAUAUGUCGGUGCUUAUGCGGCCAAAGCUUUCAAGAACGUACUACUCAUUGACGACGACUGCGCCUUACCCGACAAUUUUCCUGUCGUCACCGAUCGUCUGAAAGGAGAUGUCAUGUGCUUGGGGUACACAAUCAAGUCCGUGGGACCUAAUUCUUCCAAGGGCAACUUGUGCCAGCAGGCGCAGGAUCUUGAGUACAAACUGAGCGGCAUUCAGCGUGAAUUCGCUGGUAAGGUCGGCUCAGCCACCUUCCCCCAUGGCGCCAUCGCUCUUUGGGACCGCGAUCUCCUUAUCAAAACCUUCCACGAGCAUCCUGGGUUCAGUGUCUCCGAGGACUGGUUCUUCGGUCAUGUUGCUCGCAAGCUUGGUUCUCGGAUCAAGAUGUGUUCACAAGUCUUCGUCGAGACUGAAACACCAAGCGCCGUCUUCUUCUCAUCCGGCGGUGCUCGCGGUGGUUUCGGUGAGAUGACUAUCUUCAAGCAGCGUUUCAAGCGCUGGAACUUUUUCUUUGUCAACGGCAUGUACUACAACAUGGCAUACAUACUCUGCAGCUGGAAGCUCGGCUGGUGGGAGAUUGGCGCCAAAAUCUUUGUUUUCCAGGAGGUUUAUGAGACGCUCCUCUACCUCCUUUCCCCUUUCAUUCUUCCGAUUUCUUUCAUUGUCAGGCCCAGCUUCGCUGGUAUCCUGCUUGGUGUUACCGUCGCCAUGUACUUGGUCAACACCGUCAUCUUCAACGAGGUCCACCUGCGCCGCAAGAACGAACGCCUCGGCUGGCAACUCGUCUACGUCUACUAUCUUCCCUACAAGAUGAUCCUCACCGUCGUCAACGUAGCCAGCUGCUAUUGGUCACUCUUCAAGUACGCUCGAUACUUCGCCAAGCGUCAUCCCAAGGUCAUCGAAGAUGAGAAGGCUGUCGAAGUUAUCGUGCGCCUCGAGGAAACCCAAAUGGCUGUUGGUACUGGCGCUGGGGGUCUUGGACGCAGCCUAACUGUUCGCACUGUCGGUGCAGGGCGGACGCCCAACGAUUUCGCCCGUGAGCACAUCGAUUCUCUUGAGCAUGUCGAUCCUUUCGAGCAAGCAGAGGCCGAGGGUAUUGUGGCUGUCGAUUACGCAGUUGCCCCAAAACGCACCAAGAGUUCUAAUUCCGAUCGCCGUGUUUCCUUCUCUCACAGCAAUCCCUUCAGGGACAGCAGAAGAGCUAGCGUAACCGAGACGAUCGAAUAUGCGGAGACCUGGGGCCAGCAUCAGCACAUUUCUCCUCAGCGUAGCCGCAGCUCGCAGGGCUCUAGGCGUGAGCCAAGACUAGCUGGCAUUGCCCGAUGA